GCCAUUGAUUUCGGCCGCUGUUGUUCCAGAACAACACAACCACGAGCCGGUAGAACUCGUCCCCCCUCUACUCGACUAGCUAUGGCACCGCUGAAAGUUUUCAUCGCUAGCAUCACUGCAAAUCCCGAGGUUCGAAAACGGGUACAACGAACUUUGAUGGUUCUUGAUGGCCUCAGCAUUCCAUUUGACGCUAUUGACAUCACAAAACCAGGAAAUGAUCAACAACGUUUAUUUAUGCGAGAAAAAGCCGUGAGAGAAGAUGUCAAAGGAAACCCACUACCACCGCAAUUCUUUUACAACGAAGAAUACCUUGGAAAUUUUGUCGACUUCGAAGAAGCGGUCGAAGAUGAUCGCAUAGCCGAAUUCCUGCGACUUACGCCAGAUACACUGCGAAAAGAUCAUCCACUGCAGUGCAAAAUGAAGCAGAACGCUGAAGACAAGGAGAACCGCGAUACCGGUAAUUUACGAUUUAUUGAUCAGUUCGUCAAAUCAGAGCAGGCGGCCAGCAAUGAGAACGCCGAAGAUGACAGAUCGGACAAGGAGAACGAAAACGGGGUAGUGGGUACACAUGACGACGACGAAGGCGAAGGCGAAACAGAAGGUGAAGAAGAAGAAGGCGAAGGAGAAGAGGAAGAAGGAGAAGAGGAGGAAGGUGAAGAAGAGGAAGGUGAAGAAGGUGAAGAUGAAGAGGAAGAAGGCGACGAAGAAGAAGGCGAAGAUGAAGAAGAGGAUGAAGCGGAGGCUGGAAAAGACGGAAAAGUAACCGCAGAGAAUGGUGAAACAACCGUAGAUGAAAAGAUCAAGUUGCCGAAAACAUCAAAAGAAAAGGAAGAGGAGAAGAAGAAAGAAGAGGAAAAGAAGGAGGACGCGAAGGAGGAGGAAUCAGAGAAGGAGAUUGAAGAAACGGCAACGAUACAAUUAGGAGCUCCGCCAAAGAAAGAGGAAGAAAAAACGGAGGAAGAAGGAGGAGGAGAAGAUGAAGAAGACGAAGAGGAAGGUGAAGAUGAGGAAGAAGGUGAAGAUGAAGAGGAAGGUGAAGAGGAAGAAGAAGAUGAAGAAGAAGAGUAUGAGGAAGAAGAGGAAGCCGAGUGAUAUCACUAAUAUUAGGAUCAAUGCUCAACUAGGCCUUGGUAAUAUGUUGUCGCAUAAGCAUUCGAGCGUCGGGUAUUUUGGGGUUGUAAAUUGCAUUUUUUUUCAUGUAUUCACUACUUUGUAUUCAUAAUUCUAUCAAUUUCCAUCUUUGGAACUUUGCGCUUUCAAAACUAAUUCUUCUUGUACCGAUUUGUCACUUUGGCUUUGUUCAUUGUUUGUGCUAAAUUUAUUGCCAUGUUCAGAAUAUUACAACUUGUAAAUAUGUCAUGUAUGAAAAUUGAAUGGUAUAUUAUAGUAUG